UUCGCGCGAUACUUGUCCUUGUGCCUGUCCUGGCAAUCUCACCAGUCCAUAUACCUACCAGUCCCAGUCAUAAUUCGAAAAUAGACUCCAAAACAUUCAUGACCAACAUAAUAUGGAAAAACUAGGACGGGCAGUUCCGUGGCGGAAGGAAAUACGGUUCUUCCCCGGCAGUUUGAACAGAGUACCCGAUAUUCUCCCACGCUUUUCCCAUCUUUCUCCCUCCCCUCUCCACUCUCUUCAACCAAGUCAUAAUUUUACUCCAGUUCAAGGAACUCCCCUGAGGAUACCUUUGCCUGGUUGCUCGCCUUGGUUGAUGGUGGGCCACGGCGCAGCCCCGUCGUCGCACAGAAGCCCCAAGCACCCGGAAGCCGAGGGUGUUCAUGCGUGCGACAAGGUUCGCCUCCCCUGGAGCCCACCCACAUCUGCACCGAAGUUUGGAACGCCACGCGCUCAGCAUCAAGCGUCGUGUUUGAGCCCUGCCUGGCGAUACAGUAGUAUUCGGAAUAUUAUUGUUUUGAGAAUUUUUUGGGACGGGGGGUUGGGAUGUAUGUGUGUGUGUGUGUGUGUGUUGCAGAGAGCUGGAAAACGAAACUUGUUUCAAGAGCUCCUCCUCCUUUCUUUUGCUCCCACCCGGAAAUAAACACCGCUGUCAAAUCGAAUCGCGGAUCGUGACGAAGAGAACGGUAAGGUAUCGGUGCUGGUAUCCUGUUUGGCAGUACUCCGUUGCCAUAUUGCAGCCGUCACGCUUGUCAGUUACUGUACGAUGCCAGGGGGGCUGCAUUCGGUCGCGGUGGAAGGAGCUCUC